CUACUGGGAGAGUGGGUCUUCUUGGAGCUGUUUCCCUCUCGAGGAGGGGCUGUCAUUGACCCGGCGUCACUGCAGCUCCAAGGUCGCCGGAUGAUGAUGUCGUGAAGCCGUCCGCCGGUCCCUGCCACGCCCGGGUGGUUACUGGCGGCGGCGGCGGCAGCCUCGGCUGCUUGCUCUCCGGCUGCCGCCGCGUCUAGGGCUUCUUGCAAAGGGAGCGCAGGUUGGAGGACGCCGGGCCAUUCCGCCUGCAAUGACUGAGGUGUGCACCAGUUGUGGCUAGGAGCCAAAAAAAGCUCGUCGAGAACCAACUCAUCAGUUUGUCAUGACUGUUCAAGUUCACUUGAGAACUGCUGUACAUGUCACUUGACUCAUCAGAGAAAAUACCCACAUGACCAGAUCCACUUCUCUCCUGAAUGGCUUGAUGGAUUUCCUGUAUUUGGAUUCAUACCAAAGCUGUCCUCAACCAAAGCAAGAAGAGGUCCUGCAUGAGUCAGUCCCAGAAUGCCAUUUUUACCUCACCAACAGGUGAAGAAAACCUCAUGAACAGCAAUCACAGAGACUCGGAGAGCAUCACUGAUGUCUGCUCCAAUGAGGAUCUCCCUGAAGUUGAGCUGGUGAGUCUGCUGGAAGAACAGCUGCCACAGUACAAGCUGAGAGUGGACUCACUCUUUCUGUAUGAAAACCAGGACUGGACCCAGUCCCAGCCCCAGCAGCAGCAUGCAUCUGAUACCCUCUCCCCAGUGCUUGCUGAAGAGACUUUCCGCUAUAUGAUUCUAGGCACAGACAGAGUGGAACAGAUGACCAAAACCUACAAUGACAUUGACAUGGUUACACAUCUCCUGGCAGAGAGGGAUCGUGAUCUUGAGCUUGCUGCUCGCAUUGGACAAGCUCUCUUAAAACGAAACCAUGUCUUAUCUGAGCAGAAUGAAGCCCUGGAGGAACAGCUGGGACAAGCCUUUGAUCAAGUUAAUCAGCUGCAGCAUGAGCUCUCGAAGAAAGAUGAGUUGCUUCGAAUUGUCUCCAUUGCUUCAGAAGAAAGCGAAACUGACUCCAGCUGCUCCACACCUCUUCGCUUCAAUGAGUCCUUUAGCUUGUCCCAAGGUUUGCUGCAGUUGGACAUGCUGCAAGAAAAGCUCAAGGAACUGGAAGAGGAGAAUAUGGCUCUUCGAUCCAAGGCUUGUCACAUAAAGACGGAAACUUUUACGUAUGAAGAGAAGGAACAACAGCUUGUCAAUGACUGUGUCAAAGAACUUCGUGAAACAAAUGCUCAGAUGUCCAAGAUGACUGAAGAACUGUCGGGGAAGAGCGAUGAGCUGAUUCGAUACCAAGAAGAGAUCUCAUCUCUCUUGUCUCAGAUUGUAGAUCUUCAGCACAAACUAAAAGAACAUGUGAUUGAGAAGGAAGAGCUCAGACUUCACCUACAAGCUUCCAAAGAUGCCCAGCGGCAGCUGACCAUGGAGCUGCAUGAGUUACAAGACAGAAAUAUGGAGUGUCUGGGAAUGUUACACGAAUCCCAGGAGGAAAUAAAGGAGCUUCGAAGCAGAACUGGUCCUGCCGCUCAUCUCUGCUACUCCCAGGCAUAUGGAGAUUUCACUGGGGAAUCUCUGGCAGCUGAGAUCGAAGGGACGAUGCGUAAAAAAUUGAGUUUGGAUGAGGAAUCCUCUCUCUUUAAACAAAAAGCCCAACAGAAGCGGGUAUUUGAUACUGUCAAGGUUGCCAAUGACACCCGAGGCCGUGCUGUCCCAUUCCCAGCUCUGCUGCCCAUCCCAGGCUCCAACCGUUCAAGUGUCAUUAUGACAGCCAAACCUUUUGAAUCUGGGUUACAGCCAACAGAGGGUAAAACACUCCUGAACCAGGGAAGCAACUCGGUGGAAAUUCCAGGGGACUCGCAGGCAGGGACCCAACCAGGACCCUCUGUAGACAGCGAUCUGGCUACAGCACUUCAUCGCCUUAGCCUGCGUCGGCAGAACUAUUUAAGUGAGAAGCAGUUCUUUGAUGAAGAGUGGGAGAGGAAGAUCCAGGUUCUGGCUGACCAGAAGGAAGAGUUUAGUGGGUGCCUCACCCCGACAGAGAGCGUUGCUUCUCUCUGCACUGACCAGUCGGAGAUCACAGACCUGAGCAGUGCCAGCUGCCUUCGAAGUUUCAUGCCAGAAAAAUUGCAAAUUGUCAAGCCCCUGGAAGGAUCGCAAACACUGCAUCAUUGGCAGCAGCUUGCUCAGCCACAUCUGGGAACCAUUCUUGAUCCACGUCCAGGCGUCAUCACUAAAGGCUUUACCCAGGUGCCCAAGGAUGCCAUCUAUCACAUCUCUGAUUUAGAAGAGGAUGAUGAGGAGGGCAUCACUUUUCAGGUUCAGCAGCCUCAUCAAGAAGAACAGAAACCAUCGAUAUCCGAGCCAGUAACAGGGAUCUUCCUACCACCCGUGACUUCAGCCAGUGGACCAGUGGCAGUUGCAACCUCAAACCCAGGAAAGUGUCUGUCCAGCACAAACUCAACCUUCACCUUCACCACUUGCAGGAUAUUACAUCCCUCGGACAUCACUCAGGUCACCCCCAGUGCCGGGUUCCCAGCAUUGUCGUGCGGAAGCAGCAGUGCCGGUGCAUCUAGCACAGCUAGGAGUUCUCCCACCAUGUCCUACAGACUGAGCACCGGCGAGUCCAUCAGCAGCCGGCGGGAUUCCACCAUCACCCUCAGCAGCACGGUGAGCCUGGCCAAGCUCUUGCAGGAGCGAGGCAUCUCUGCCAAAGUAUACCGCAGCCCACUGGCCGAGAACACCCUCCUCCAGCCUCUCCCUAAAGCCCUGGCUGUCCCCUCCACGCCCCCCAACUCACCCUCUCACUCACCUCGUUCCUCCCCACUGCCCUUUGAACCCCGUGCACAUCUCGCUGAGAACUUUUUGGCCUCUCGACCAGCUGAAACAUUCCUGCAGGAGUUGUACGGCUUGAGGCCUGCCCGAAACCCUCCGGACGUGGGCCAGCUCAAGAUGAACUUAGUGGACAGGCUGAAAAGACUGGGGAUCGCCAGGGCAGUCAAGGCCCCCGACACCCAGGAGAGCAGGAAAAACCAAGAGGCAGAAAUGGGUCUUCGGAAAGUAGACUCGGCUGUGUAUUUCAAUUCAGGCAGCAAUCUUCUGGGUGGACUGAGGAGGAAUCAGAGUCUUCCUGUCAUGAUGGGGAGCUUCGGCACCCCGGUUUGCACAUCCUCUCCAAAAAUGGGAGUCCUGAAGGAGAACUGAGGCUGUGCAGUUAACUGACCUCUUCUGUAAGCUAGCACAUGAAGGAUGUGAAUGCACUGAUACACGCGGUCUGGUUGAACUUGAGAGAAGAAGAAUGUUGAAGAAGGGUCGUGGAUGUGGAGAGGGUGCAGCGGAGGGGUGGAAACCAAAUUGAGCUGAAGUCUAAGGGAUAAAGUCUGGCAAACUGAGAGUGUAAAUGUCUGGGCAGCGAGUGGAGGCAAGACAGAUUAUACACUCCUGAAGCUGAGUUUUCAUGUCUUUGAAACUCAAAGUUCAAUAAGUCAAGUAUACCAGAAAUCCUGAACUUGCUGUCGUGUUUACUGCCAGUAAGCAGCAGGGAGAACCCAGCUUAGAAAGAUGGGAAGAGAAAAGCCACAGCUUGGAUUGUGCUUCCUGGAAAGCUGUUCUAAAGGUUUGGCAGGUCGACUCAGUGUGUCACUGAGACAGAGACGAGACAGCUUCGUAAGGGUUCCCUGCUGAUGCAUCCAGACUGGGGUGCUCACAGUGAUAGCAGAACCAAGAAUGAUGUCUUUCCCUUACAGCAGAAGUGGAGAAUCUCUUUGUUUUUUGUUUUCAGGCUACUGGGCCAUUGGGAACCAAAACACCACUCAAAUCCUUUUUAAUUUAGGAUGAAUAAAAUUUCAUUUUUAAAAUUUGUAUUUUUAUACAAUAAAAAAAAAUGUGGCCCUGACUUAUUUUAAGAAGGAAAAUAGGGGUAGGUUGGUACCAAGGAAAUGUGUUUUUAGACUGUUGUGCAUAAACGCAGUAACCAAGGAAUACAAAACUAAUGGCAUAUCUGUUAAGUUUCCUUGGAGGCUAGAAGGGGUUAAAUCAGAAGUGCAAUCAAUACAAGUUAGGGAGUUACGUAUAUUUAUGUAUGUAAUUUUUUUUGUAAAGAAAGUUGGUCACAACUAAUUUUUUUUCCAAAGUGCACCUUGCAGAUUUUAAAUUAAAGAUGAUGUGUAUUUGCACAAAAUUCUCAGGCACAUUAAAUUAUUAUAAAGUGAAGUAAAACCCAGGUGCUUGCUUUUUUUCUAAUAUUAUUAUAAUCUGCCUUGUUCUUAAUAUCUGUAGAAUUAGUGAAUGGACAUUGUAGUGGACAAGUCGAACUUCUUUCUGCUUCCCCACUCCCUGCCCAGCAGUCUGGGGUGGCCAGGUAAGAUUCUGGAGUUAGGAGUCGGUGGUGUGAUGCAAGGUGAUGGAUUAGGCAGGAAUGGAUCGAUCAGUUACCAGGGUCUGCUCCUCAUCAGACAGCAUGGUGUCAUGCAGCAAGGACAGUUCUGCAAGAAAUGCCCUUAUAGAACAUCCAUGACAGGCACAAGAUGAAAGGGGCCACAUCCUUUGCUUAUGAAAAUGGAAGGCAUGUUACUUAAUCUUUUCAGUGCUUUGUUCAUGAAUUCUUUGCUCCUUUGUCCUGACUUAACUGAAAGACAGCCUGCUGAAGGAUUCUGGGCUCUGACUCCUGUGGUUCCCAUCCAUACCUCUGUUCCCAGGCCGGGGUGGGGAGGCCUUCCUCUUGCCUCUCAAGGUACUGUCCCUGCCUGAAGAAAAACCUGUGCACAGGCAGUGGUAAGAAUGUGUGAGUUGUCCACUUUUUAGAAUCUUUUAAUAAUAAACGUCUCCUCAAUGAAGAACUCCAAAGCAAGGGUAAAAGUAUCACUACCCUUUCUCUCCUCUUCCUCGGCCAUGCUGAGAUCAGAAAAGUCUCUCACACACACACUCACACUCCCAGAGGAUCUCAGCAGGUGUCUAGAGAAACAGAAAUGUCCAUGAAGGGAGCAGAUAUUAAGCAGAAUUCUCUAAAUAUUCCAGGCCACUUUUGGAGAAAAAAAAAGCAUUUGAAUUUGUACAUGAACUCUGGGUGCUUACUCCAGUUCACUUAUAAAGCUUUUUGUUUGUUCCCUGAUGAAGUCAUCUUCCUGUUGACACGCACAGUUUCAGAAGAAAAAAAUCAGGAAGUUGGAAAAUAUAAGACCAGAGAGUAGUAUGAAGUGUUAAAUGAUCAGAUUUAUAUAUUUUUAUAAAUAGUUCUAAAUUAAGCUAGAUUUUGUAGGGUUCUGUAUUGAGUAGAGUUUGUAUACUUUUCUAUGAUCAAAUUCUGUGAUCAAGACCUAUCACUCUGGAGGCGGAGUGGGAGAAACAGCAGAGAAAUAAGCACAUCUGAAUAAUAAACAGGUUUUUGAAAAUGAUGUUCCAUCAAAAGCGCAAUGAAUUGGAUACUGGUACAUGCUCAUCUCUAGAGCCGAAUGCUGCCUUCAGAUUGGGUUUUGCUGUCUCCGAGGUUUUCACCCAAAGUCAUUGUUGGUACAACCUGAGAAUCUUGUAACACAACUGCCGUGAAGUAUGAGAAGGACUGAAGCCACGCAGCCACUUCAUCCUCAGUAUGUCUGUUACACUUUGGUGCACUUUGCAGUGCGACCUGCAGUAACCACUGUAUAUGUUCCUCAUGAAGGUUUUCCAUGAUUGUACCUCAGGUAUUUCUGAGCAGCCUAUUUUCUUAUAGGAGGCAUUGUCUUUGUGAGCUCAUAAUUAAAUGUUCACAAUCACGAAGAUGCCACCUUUUAUGUAAAUAGCCUGAAGUGUGGGUCUUUACAGAGAAGUUCAUCACCAUUAUUUGUCAUUUUUUAAAAAGUUUUGUGCUGUAUAUCUUUGAUUUAUCAUAAAAGAAUGAAGUCCAUCACCACUGUUAACGUCAUUUUUGUGUGUUAUGCUGAUGUCCUUGAUUUGGGCAGCAGUGAGCAGCCUUUGGCAGUGGAAGAAACAAGCCCGUGAGAGCUUGCAAGAGCUAUUCUCUGUGAAAGAUGUAGUUUACCCAGCCUCAUAGACCAUUCACCUGUGUACUUAGUACUUUGUGAUGGGACUGACAUGGAAUCUGACGCCCAGGACGAGGGCUCUUGGUGCCGUUGUCCCACUCGCUCUCUGAUGCCUAUGCGGUGGGUCUGUGCACCUCAUGCAGCACAGUAGCUGUGCUGUGUGGCACUGAGUGGGCACAGCCUCCAGGAGUAGGCACAAGGGCCCUCUACCCAGGCCAGCCAGGGAAGCACUGGCAUUUGCUAAUUGGUACUUGACCUUGUCAAGCAACACCUCCCCUUGCUUUGUUAAAUGUAAAUCAGAUAAUAAACCUGAGUAGCUUCUUAACUUGU